AUGGUAAGAAUUGUAUACUUAUCGAACACAUCAGGUGUUUCUACGCGGGUCGAUCCAAGCCAACUCCAGAAUAGCUGGGCUCCCCCCGACAACCUCUCCCCCCUUUCUUUCCCAGACUGGCAGAGUCAACCUCCUUCUCUCCAUCCUCCUUGUUCAUCUUUCGCUUCAUUUCUUCCUUCUCCUCUUCUUUUCUUUUCCUCGUCUCUCGCUUCUGGUCAAUUUACUCCAACCCCCCCCCCCUUUUUUUUUGGAAACAAUUCCAGGGGACCUUAA